GAUCGGCUUAAGCGCGCUCAGUUACAGUGCAGGAGCUCUGGCGACCGGAACGCGCGCUGGUCCAGUGUCUGAGUGUCGGUGGAACGUUUGUUAAAAAGCUCGCGAGUGCUCCCACCCUCGUUGUCUGUCGAAUGCGUUUUGUGGGUCGCAAUAACGGAGGUGGAAUAAUAGUACGAAAAGGGAACGUAAAGAGAAACAAAAUAGUGCCAAACAGCAAGUGCGAACGCCGCGCGUUGUCCGCGUGUGUACUCUUCUGACCCUUCGUGUGUGUGUGGUUUGCUGGUGUAUCGUUGAGUGCUUUUGAAGUUAGAAUGAGGUUGAAUCGCUGUUUUUUGUUUCUAAUCGCACCCACCCCUAACCCGCUCAGGUGGAACCUAAAACACGAGAGACAGAGGGAGAGAAAAUAAACAAACAAACAAACAAACGCGCGUACCCCGCGGAGCGAAAAAGCGUUCUACCAGUACACGUGCUUCAUAUGCAUUAGCACGUCUCAAAACAAUGUGGUGAGGUGAAGCAAAGUGUACGAAUCGUGCAGGUUCUGCGUUUUAGGCCACGUUCCGUUUCGGUCUUGAAGUGUGCCGUUCGUCAUCGUCAUGUGGACUGGCUGUGUAUUUAAGCAUGUGCUAGAAUUAAAGUUAAUGUGGAUUUGCUACUGUGAUUUUCCCAAACAGCUUCGCUGUGUUCGUUUAAACCUGUCCCCAAAAGCAGUGUAAGCGCCUGCUAGAAACAAUAACACGCGACGGUUGCGAACGGUUUCUUUAUCGAUCGGUGGGGGAAAAUCGUUUGUGUGAUGUUUGCGUUCCCCCCUUCGGUUUAACAAGUUUUCCAUCACCGUGAGCUACGUUUUGAUGACGGUUCUUUACUUUUUGUUACUCUUUCGAAUUUAAUUGACAGGCUGCAAAAGGUGUACGGAAAAAAAACAAAAAAAAUAAUUCCUUCUGAAAGAUCAACUCAAGGAUAAGGAGUUUCCUUCACCAUGCUACCUCUACUUUGCUUGGCACUCGUGCUGAGCACGCUAGUGCCAUCGUACGGAUUGCCGAACGGUGCGCCAACAUCGGUCUGCGACAACAUGCUGCCGUUCCACGGUGGAGGCAUCCCACCGCUCACCACCAAGACGCCGUUCCUGAUCACGCCCCAAACGUCGGUGGUCGGUAGCGGGCAGAUGCUCAAGAUCGAUAUCGAAUCCUUCCCCGCCAACAUUGUGUUCAAGGGCUACAUGAUACAGGCCCGUGCUGCCGACCCGCCGAACAACAUUGUCGGCCGGUUUGUCGACUCGGAUGCGAGCGCGAUCAAGCUGAUCGACUGUCAGGCCGGAGGCGAUACGGCCACACACACCAACACCAGCCCGAAGCAGGAGCUGACGCUUGAGUGGACCGCUCCGGACAACUUCGUUGGCGAUGUGAUCUUCAACGCUACGAUCGCGCAGGACUACGACAAGUUCUGGGUUGGCAUUCCGUCGGAACGGGUGCGCGUGGUAGCUAGCUCGACGACGGUGGCGCCCGGUACGGCGCCGACCAAGCGCCCGACCACGACGACAACCGUGCCACCUUACCGGCCGGCACAAACAGAAGCGCCGGUAGCGGCCGACCCGAUCUACGAGGAGUGCGGACAGAGCAAGGGAUGCUUCGGAUUUCCGGAGGGAUGCGUCGAUAGCAAGAACUGCCGGGCGGUGGUCACGAUCGCGGUGCUGGGAGCGCGUUACGUAUUUGAAAUGAAGGCAGGAUACAAUCGUCCUGCUUACGUUGCCUUCGGACUGUCCAGUGACGCCAAGAUGGGUGAAGACUCCGUGAUUGAAUGUGUCCCGGAACAGGGUACGGUAAACGCUUACGCCUCGUGGACCACGGUUGGUCCAUAUGGAUCUACACGUUUGGGAGUGCCGCAAAACAUCUUCCAAGUGCUGGAGAAGUCGUACAAUGAUGGUGUGAUUUACUGCAAAGUGGAACGCGACGCCGUCAGCACGGUCAAGGGCCAGAAGUUUGAUCUGCUGAACGAUAAGUUCCAUCUGCUGCUUGCGGCCGGAUCAUCGGUGGAAUCAACCAACGUCAACUAUCACGACAUCGGCCGUCACGUGUCGGGCAGCCCGCAGUCACUGGCGGAGGUUGGCCCGGUGCAGGGAUCUUCGAAGCUGUUGCUCCGCCUGCACGGUGCCUUCAUGAUCACCGCCUGGAUCGGAACGGCUUCGCUCGGCAUUCUUCUUGCCCGCUACUUCCGCCAGACCUGGGUUGGCAGUCAGAUGUGCGGCAAAGAUCAGUGGUUUGCGUGGCAUCGAUUCCUGAUGAUUGUCACGUGGGCCCUCACAGUCGCUGGUAUUGUGGUAAUUUUUGUUGAAAUCGGAGGCUGGUCGCAGGUUCGCAAUCCUCACGCCAUUCUCGGCAUCGUCACGACUGUACUGUGCUUCCUGCAACCCAUCGGUGCAUUCUUCCGGCCACAUCCGGGCUCGAGCAAGCGGCCCAUCUUCAACUGGCUGCACUGGCUGGGUGGAAAUCUGGCGCACGUGAUCGCGAUCGUUGCCAUCUUCUUUGCCGUACAGCUGCAGAAGGCCGAACUACCCGAGUGGAUGGACUUUAUCCUUGUCGCGUUCGUCGCCUUCCACGUGUUUAUGCAUCUGAUUUUCUCCAUCUUCUCCUGGAUACAGAUCGGUGGCUGCGUGAGCGAGCGAAGAAGUGGCCAGCGUGUGACGUCCUUCCCAAUGGCCGAUAUGACUCCGUCGCGAAAUUCCAUGAGCUCCAGCGAACGGAAACAGGAUGCUGCUUUCUCGGGCUUCCGUAAGUCGAUGCUAUUCCUGUACAUACUGAUCGUGCUCGGACUGGUCAUAGCGAUGGUGGUGAUUGUCGUCCUAGCGCCGAUUGAAGCCGCUUACAACAGUAUCAAGGAUCAGAUUAUGAACUAAAGCGCAUGUCAUCGAAACGGUGAUGUAGCGCAUUAAUCUAAACGGUGCAAGUAACCCGGAAAGCAAAUGAGAGCGUCCAUCUGUUAACUGAUAAGUGAUGUAAAAAUGUGUACAUGUUGGAUGGUUUGUGUGCUAUCACUAUUCUAGAGAGCAAUUUCUAGCGGGUCAGUAGUGGAAAGAAAAAAAACUCAAACAAUUCAAACCGCUCAAAAAGAAGCUAAUCGCUCGAUGCGAAUCAUGUGACACAUAGCGCAUCGGUAGCAUUGAUAGAAGUAGGAGCAACGAAGAGGUUAUGUUGAAGAGGUGUGCAGAUUUACUAAUCGAUGUUGUAGAUAUCACUUCCAUCUUUCUUCCCAUCAACUUUCCAUUGCCGUCCUUGUUCUCCUUUGCCCAUUCCCCGUUUCCCCUAUUGUAAGUGGUACUUAUGAUGAUCGUUUUUUUCUGGAAAGUGUAUUAUUUGUCGAGAAGUGAACGAAGGGCAGAAGAUGAAGAAACAAAAAACUCAGACAGCGUCUAAUCAAUCCCACAGAACAAAAAAACUCAACGAGAGAGAAAAACAACAACAGAAACACAAGCAUCGAAAGAGGAAAGGUCGUGCGUUUGGUACGCUCUCCCUUCGAUACUGAGAUGUACAGAAUUAAGUGUGAAAUAUUUAUAACAGAAAAACAGUAUAGCCAACCACGGGCAGAAAAACAAGCUGUGCCUUGUCGGCCGGGUGUGCCUUGAAAGGAAUGAGUAGUUGUAGCAUUUUUGUAAAAGUUUGCUUCGUGUAAGAUUAUUUCCGUCCGUCCCAGAUCAUUUCCGGGUGUAGCGAAGCACUGGUCUGCACCAGUGAGUAUACACUGUUUAUGUUUGUAUUUUGUGCGCUAUUUGCAGUCGUUCAAUAAUUUCCGUGUAUCAAUUUAUUUAAGCUUUCGCUGGUGCGUUUGCCCAGUGCCAGCAGCAGCAACAUACUAUUUGGCUUCAAAACAAAAACAUGCAAAACAAACGCAAAAACCAGUACUGUAUUAUGCAAGACGAAAAACGCUGCACAUUCUGUUGAGGCAGGCUUACUUUUUAAAGCGUACUUAAGUUGAAACAUAAUAAAUGUUGCCAUUGCUAAAACGUUAA